AUGCUAGAAUUGAAAAUACCACAACUGAAAAUGCCACAACUGAAAAUGCCAAAACUGAAAAUGCCAAAACUGAAAAUGCCAAAACUGAAAACUAUAUUUUUCCUUUUUGUCUUUUCCUUUUACUUUUUCUUUUCCUUUUCCAUAUUGAACAAGAGUCUUUAUGUGAGAAGCCGAAUUUUAGUUAAGAAUGUAACAAAGUAUGGCAAUGCUUGUAAGAAAAAGAAAAAACUUUCUGAUUUGAGUUGUAUCAAAAAUGUAUUAAGACGAAAGGAAAUGAUGAACAAAUAUUCUCCAUAUACAACAUGUAAGGAUAAAAUGGAUGGUUUAGUUAGUGUUAAGAAAAGUAGAGGAUUGGUUUUGUAUCAUACAAAUACACUUGUUCAAAAUUUAAAUUUUGUUGUUAAUAUAUAUAGGGGUAAGCGUAAGGAGUUCACAAUGGAUGUAAAAAAUAAAUGUAAUUCCAUGUUAAUUAGUAAUGGGGUAAAAUGCGGGACAUGGAUAAAGCCAGUUCCUCGUCGUAUUUAUUAUAGGUUGUUUAGUGAACAUGAGGGGUACAGAAGUAAUAUUACGGGAAAAGAUACUAAAGUAGUUGAAUUGGAUAAGCAGUAUUGUCGUUUAUUUUUUCAAAAGAUAUAUAGUAGAGUGAAAGAAGGUAUAAAUAGGGUAAGAGUGUACAUGAAAGAAGACAAUAUGAUGAACUUUCUAUGGGUAUGUAAAAACGUAUUAUGGAAGAGAAGUAUUUUUUUCUUAACAAUUUUUGUUAUGAUACAUAGUGCUGUUAUCAGUAUAGUUAUUCCAAGAUUUGAUAAUUUAAUUUUUAACGAUUUAACAAAUAGAAAAUUCGAUGAUUUUUUUUUUUCAUUAUGUAAUUGUAUUUUAGCACGUGUUGUUAAUAUGUGUUUAUGUGGACUAAGAAAUUAUAUAUUUAUGAUUACUAGUUCAGAUUGUUUGAAAAAAGUGAAAAGAAUUUUAUUUGAUAUAUAUUUAAAUAAAGAGUAUGAAUAUUAUGAUAAGGUUGAUUAUAACACAGUUAUAAAUAAAGUAACAGUAGAGUCUCAUGACUUUUCAGAUAUCAUACCUUAUUAUAUAAAUCCAUUUAUAAGAAAUUUUUUUUCUAUUAUUCUAAAUUUUAUUUAUAUUUUUUAUUUAAAUAAGAAAUUGUCGAUGGUUAUUGCUGGUUGCUUUUUUUUUUCUUCUCUCCUGACUUUAAUGUCAUCAAAAAUGAAAAAGAAAAGAAUAAAAAAAAUUAACAGAGAGAAGAUCAAUAAUGCUAGAAUAUCUUUAGAAUCACUUAAUAACAUGAAUAUUAUAAAAUUAUUUAGCACAGAACUGCAUGAGUAUAACAAAUACUCAACUUCUUUGAAUACUAUUUUAAAUUUACAAAUAAAGAAGGAACGAUUUAAUUUACUUCAUAUGAUAUUAAAUAAAUUGUUUGUUACUAUUACGUAUGUGCUUAUAUUGUUAAAUGGUAAUUAUCUAUUGAGCAGUAAACAGAUGGACAAAAAAAUCUUUACUUCCUUUUUUUUUUAUAUAAAUAACAUAUAUUCUUAUAUUGAUAUAUUAGAUUACUACAUUGACAUUUGUGAUAUAGUUCAUCAGUAUCAUUACGUAAUUAAAUUAAUCAAAAUGUAUGCAGUACAAAAUGAAGGUUUACCAUUUGGCAAGAGUAAUAACGCAGAUUCUAUCUUAUACGAUAAUGAAAACAACAAUAUGCCUUCAAAAAUGGGACAAGCUAAUCAUAUAGCUACAUAUCACAGUACUGAUAAUAACACUAGUGAAGAUGUUUUAGUUUGUAAGACAAGUAGGAAUGAAGAGAAAAGUAAAAAAUAUGAUUCUUUGAUCAUUAAUAGAAAAAAAAGUGCACUACUAUUUGAGUGUGUAGAUUAUCAAGAUAAUGAUGUAGUACUUAAUUUUAAGAACGUGUUUUUUAAAUAUAACAGCAACCCCGAUAAUUAUAUUUUAAAAAAUGUUAACAUGAAAAUUUACAAAAAUUCUAAUAAUGUAAUAAUAGGUAAGAGCGGUGAAGGGAAGUCCACUCUUUUAAAAAUAAUUUUAAAUUUAUACAAAUGUACGAAGGGAAAAAUAUACUUAUACAAUAAACUAUUAAAUAAUUACUCAAGUCGAGAAAUAUUUGAUAAAAUUACCUAUGUUGAGCAGCACUCAAAGUUAUUGAAAGGAACUAUAAAAGAAAACCUUACUUAUGGUAUUAUAGACAGUAAUCAAUUUGAUAUGUUAGACUUAAUUAACAUAUCGAAAUGUUGUACCACUCAUGAGUUCAUAUGCAGAUUAAGAAAGAGGUAUGAGACCGUCAUUUCUAACAAAACGGAGUUAUUAACAUCAUCGCAGAAACAAAAAAUUUGCAUCGCCCGGGCGCUAUCCAAGUAUCCGAAGAUACUCCUGCUGGACGAGUCAACCUCAGCCGUGGACACGGAAAACGAAAGGGCAAUUUUUGAAAAUAUAAAGAGAAAUCCCACUUUUAAAAAUUUAACAAUAAUUCGCAUAACUCACAAGAAGGCCAACUUGGACUUAUCGGACAACAUUUUCCUUCUGAAAGAUGGAUACAUAACUAGACAAAGGCGUGUUUUAAGUUAUAAAUAA